GACAUCUGUGGCUAACGGAUUGCUGGGACGCAAGAGGACUCUCUGUAGUUAACUUCCAGCUUGGCUGAACAUGAGACCGAAAUGAUUUACUAUCCAUUUGUCCCCUCAUAGCUAGAAGUUAUAGGAACAUUGUAAUGUUUAAACUAAAAACAUCCCAGUUAGAUAGCAAAUGGACUCUUCCUGACCACUACGACAUUUUUAUAAACUACAAAAAGAAAAACGUUGCAACUGUUUUACGAAUGUGAAACUAUAUCCAAGCGAAUAUCAAACAAAUGUUCUUCAUGAUGUUUGAGGUAACGUAAGUGAGAGCUAAUAUAAGGCAGAAUUCUUGCCAUCGCUCCCAAAACGACCUAUUACCCAGCAACCCUGUAAUUAUUGACAGCUAAUUAUUUUCCGGGUCUUCACAACGUUGCUUUGGAAUUGGGAGAUAGUCCUCUUGUUAUUAAGACAUCUUUGGCAUGAAACACAUGAUACGAGAGUAUGAAUGACAUUUACCCAACGUAGCUAGUAUUAUUCAGUAAGAUAAACAAGGGACAACAUGUUAGUAAGUAGCGCUAAAAGUUGCUAACUCCAUACAGUAUGUGGUUGCUCAGUAAGAGCUAAGUCCGACCAGUAAGUUAGCUACAAAGCCUUUGCUCGUGUAGCUAACGUCAGCUAACUAAGUAUGGAAUACCUCAGGAGACCCUUGAUGACCCUUCCCCAACACUGGAAACCCCUCAGGUGUUUUCAACCCAGAUAUUGUUCUAAAUUAGCUAGCACUGGUGCAACCUCAAGAGAGAGGAGGACAACUGUAGACAAGUUCAAGACUCAGAUAUCCUCUGGUCCAAGUUUUCAGGAUUUUAUCAAAGGAGCUUCAGUGAAUAAGACUUCUGCUGCAGUAGAAGAGUACUCUGACAAACACUGUUAUCUUCCUGAGGACUUGGAGAUGGGGAACUCAAGGAAAGUGUAUUUUGAAACCUAUGGAUGUCAAAUGAACGUGAACGACACAGAGAUAGCCUGGUCCAUACUGCAGGGGAAGGGAUAUCAACGCACAGUCGACUUAAGAGAGGCAGAUGUUGUCCUUCUGGUAACAUGCUCCAUAAGAGAAAAAGCUGAACAAACCAUUUGGAAUAGAUUACAACAACUAACAGCGAUGAAGAAGAAGCGGCAAAAGACCCACACACCAAUGAAAAUUGGGAUUUUAGGGUGCAUGGCAGAGAGGCUUAAGACGGAGCUGCUGGAGCGGGAGAAGCUGGUGGACGUUAUCGCCGGUCCAGACGCCUACAGGGACCUUCCCCGCCUCUUGACCGUAGCUGACGGAGGUCACCAGGCAAGCAACGUGCUGCUGUCUCUGGAGGAGACCUACGCCGACAUCAUGCCUGUCCACCACGCUCCUCAGGGAAACAGUGCUUUUGUGUCCAUCAUGCGAGGCUGCGACAACAUGUGCAGUUACUGCAUCGUUCCCUUCACCCGAGGGAGAGAGAGGAGUCGACCCGUCAGCUCCAUACUGGAGGAAGUUCGCAUGCUGUCCGACCAGGAUGUGAAGGAGGUGACUCUGCUGGGUCAGAACGUGAACAGCUACAGAGACACGUCAGAGGAACAGUUCUGCGGCUCAGACCCGACCAAGCUCAGCCAGGGGUUCAAGACAGUCUACAGAACGAAGCAGGGCGGUCUGCGCUUCUCCGACCUGCUGGACCGAGUGUCACUCAUCGAUCCAGACAUGAGGAUCAGGUUCACCUCCCCUCAUCCCAAGGAUUUUCCUGAUGAGGUUUUGCACCUGAUUGCGGAGAGAGGUAACAUCUGUAAGCAGAUCCACCUUCCAGCCCAGAGCGGCAGCAGCGAGGUCCUAAAAGCCAUGCGGCGCGGCUACACUAGAGAAGCUUACCUUGAUCUUGUGAAGAACGUCAAGAGAAUCAUCCCAGAGGCGAGUCUCAGCAGUGACUUCAUCUCAGGCUUCUGUGGUGAAACGGAGGACGACCACCAGCAGACCCUGUCUCUGAUCAGAGAGGUGGGCUACAAUGUGGGAUUCCUGUUUGCCUACAGCAUGAGAAAGAAAACCCACGCCUCCCAUCGGCUACAAGACGACGUGCCAGCUGAGGUGAAGCGUCGCAGGCUGGAGGAGUGUAUCAGCGCGUUCAGAGAGGAAGCAGCGAGGGUCAACGCUGCGCUCAUCAGCAGCACACAGCUCGUCCUGGUGGAGGGAGAAAGUAAAAGAUCUGCCAAGGACCUGUGUGGGAGAACGGACGGCAACAUGAAAGUGAUUUUCCCCAAAGAGGAUGUUGCUGUUCAACCUGCAGAAUCCAACACUGCAUCGGUCAAUGCUGGAGACUAUGUGCUGGUGAAGAUAUUGUCGUCCAGCUCCCAGAGCCUGAGAGGCCGAGCCCUCAGUCACAGCUCCCUGAGUGGCAAAGUGAAGCACUACGAGACUCUGCAGAGAAACCAGCUCCAUGAACAUGAGCCCUCAAACACAGCCAUGAUUGAAACAUGCCGCUGAUUGACACAAGUGACAACACAGGAAACAAACUGUUGUUGUUUGGGGACACUAGGACAAUGACUUCUCCUCCUCAACGACUUUGAAGACACAUGGAGGCUGUUUUUACGGGAAAUUUGGUCAUCUUACCGUCACAUUGGACUAUUUAGAUAUGUUAUUU